UUUGCCCCUCUGCAACCGGUCGUGAUCAUUAUUCAUUUUUUUCAGGAAGCUCCCAAUUCAAAAUCUCGCAUUCCAUUUGUUCCGAUGGAUCUGUUUUCAGUCUUCUCUGCCGACGGACCUUCGGAACUGUCCGAUGCGGAGGAGGAACAGGACGACAACGACCACGACGAUGAUACGGUUUCUAAUAUCUCCAAUACGAGUUCUGCUUGGAGCUUCGGCGGCCUGAUCAAGACUCUCGCGACCACGUCGGAAUCUGUAAUUUCGAACUACCGCCGUGAGCUUGAGGAAUUAGGAUCCGGAUUGAAGAAGGAGACAUCGGUGAUUCGAGACGUCGCAUCGCGUGCCGUGAAGGACCUUCCGACGACGCUCGAUGUCGGUGCGUCCGUUGCGCAGGAGUCGCUGGAGUCGGUCGGCCAAGCCAUUGACGAUAUCGGUAGUGCCGUUUGGAAAUCGACUUCGAAGAUUAUCUCACAUGGUAGGGAUACGUUAUUAGCUUCUGAUCUUGUUUCGGGAAAUCAUGAAAAUAAUAGCGAUGUUGUUCUUUCGUCAAACCAAUUAGGAAGUAGCAAUAGUAGAAAUCUCGAAUUCAAACAGUAUAAUAGGUUCAAUACGCAAUUGAUUGCGAUUCAGCGAGACCUGGAUACGUAUUUGGAGGAACCUAAGGAUUUAGAGGAUUACAAAAAUUGGAAAUUAGGUUUUGUAUUGGAAGAUAAAGAGCAGGAAAUCGAUAAUUUGAUGAAAGAAAGCGAGGAUGUUCGGGAGAUUUAUCGGACGAUAGUUCCAAGUACAAUCGUCCGUGAGUUCUUCUGGAGUAGAUACUUUUACAGGCUUCACAAGCUUAAGCAAGCAGAAGAAGCCAGAGUUAAGCUCGUGAGGAGAGCCAUUUCUGCAGAAGAUGAGGAAGAUUUGAGUUGGGAUGUUGACGAUGAUGAAGAAGAAGAAGGGAAUAAUGCUGAGUUGCAGUCAAAGGAUGAAUCCAGUGGCGCUCUCAGUACUGAGAAGAGAGAAAGUGACAGUUCAGAGAGUGCCAUCUCUAAGAAAAUUGCUGUUUCUGAUGAUCCAACAGAGGACAGUAAUAGGAAGCUGGAAGAGAAAGUUGGUGAAAAAUUGGCUGCAGAUGGAAGAGGAGACAGUGGUGAUUCCUGCAAAGACAGCGACAUUUCGAUCAUUUCCAGUCGAUCUUCCGGGGAAGAAGAACUUGGAUGGGAUGAAAUUGAAGACAUUGGAACCAUUGAUGAGGCCAAGAACAAUACCUCCAGUAGUGGCAGUGCACAAAAGAUUGGUUUGAUCAAGCGGCUGAUUGUGGCAGAGGAAGAGGAGGAUCUGAGUUGGGAAAUUGAGGAUGAAGAUGAAUGUACUAAAUCAUGAAGAAAGUAAAAUUUUGUUUUCUUUUCAAAAUCUCAACUUACAGUUCAUAGACUCCAUGAUUUGGUGACUGCUUUCGUUGAUAAAAAGCAUAUUCAUUUGGGUUGUGAUCACUGUUCAUAUCUCAUUGUCCGUUGUACAAAUUGGCUCCUCUAUUUGUUUCA